GUCGGGGGCGACCAUGUUCCGGAACAGUCUGAAGAUGCUGCUCGGCGGCAAGAACCGCAGGAACCGCAACAGUGGUGAGGUGCAGGUGGAGGGGUCAGAGGUCAGGACGAUGGAGGGGCUGAGUCGCUCGCUGCCCUCCUCCCCCCUGCUGAACCUGCGACUCAACACCAUCAACACAAGUGAGGAGGACGAGUUAGGCCCGCCCCCCUCUGUGGACGAGGCGGCGGAGACGCUGAUGACGAGGCUGGGCUUCCUGCUGGGGGAGAAGCUACCCUACCACCCGCAGCAUGACAGACAGAGGAUCUCUCCGUCCUCCAGUCUGAACAGUAGCUCCUCCCCUCCAGGCUCCUCCCCCUGCUCCACCCUGCUGCCUCCUGCUGGUCAGGAGGGGAGUCAUGACCCCGCCCACGGCCCCGCCCACAGCCCCGCCCCCUCGGUCACCUCGCCGUCCUCCACGCUGGACAGCAGAGACAGCGGCAUCAUAGCCACGCUGACCAGCUGCUCUGCUGAGUCGGCGGCAGAGUGCGGCGGCGGCGGCGGCGGCCGGAACCGCCGUGGUGGUUACUAUGGCAACAGCUACCGCGGCAGCAGCCUGGUGCUGUGGCAGCGAGGGGGCCGGCCCAAAGCCGCCUCCUCCUCCACUUCCUGUACGGGCGUGGCAGGAAGAGUGAACGACGGCUUCCUGUUCGGGGAGGAGGACAACAUGGCCGCCUCCACCUACAGCCUCAACAAGCUCCACCCUGACGGACGGCCUGGCCCCGCCCACUACUCUGGCUCCACCCACUCCAUCCCUCUGUACCUCAUGCCCCGCCCCAACUCUGUGGCAGCCACUAGCUCCGCCCACCUGGAGGAUCUGGCCUAUCUGGACGAGCCGCAGAGACACGCCCCCUGCAGGACGUCGCUCAGGAUGCCCCGCCAGGGUUCUGGGAGCCGCCGGGACCGCCACCCCCCGGCCGUCCGCUUCUCGCCCUCCCUCUCCCUGAAGCCCCUCCCCUUCGAGAUCCCCGGCCUGUCGUCUGAUUGGCUCUUCGCCGGGAGGGAGUGGCUCUUCGCCGAGAUGGAGGCCUGUCUCCGCGGCGACGACCCGGCGACCGGCCGCGGCGUGGUGAUCGUCGGCAGCGUGGGCUUCGGCAAGACGGCCGCCAUCGCCCGCCUGGUGGAGCUCAGUUGUCAUGGAAACCGCCUGAGGCCAAGCAAAUAUGGGGAGUCUGGCUCCCAAGAUUCCUCAGGGCGAAGAGGAGGAGGAGGAGGAGGAGGAGGAGGAGGAGGAGGAGGAAGCUGUCCUGGGACUCCAGACAUGAGCAGGAGGCAGGAGGAGGCGCUGAGGAGGCUGGCAGGACAGGUGGUGUCCUAUCACUUCUGUCAGGCCGAUAACUGUCUCACCUGUCUAGUUCCCGACUUCGUACACAACAUGGCAGCGUUGCUAAGCGACGCCCCCCAGCUGUCGGCCUAUCGGGAGCUGCUGCUGCGGUCGCCACAGCUACAGAGCGCGCUCAGUCUGCGCUCCUGCGUGCAAGAUCCAGGCUCCGCCCUCUGCCAGGGAAUCCUGGAACCUCUGAAGACACUGCACCGAGAGGGAAAUUUGUGCGUGGAGGGGGCGGGGCUUAUCGUGCUGAUUGACGGCCUUAAUGAGGCGGAGUUCCACCGGCCAGACUACGGCGACACGCUGACGUCCUUCCUGUGUCGAAACAUCCAGAACUUUCCGUCUUGGUUAAAGGUCAUCGUUACCGUGAGGAGCAGCCAGCAGGACAUCACUCGCUCUCUUCCAUUUCAUCACAUCUCUCUGGACAGAGUGGAGGAGAACAGCAACAUCGACCAGGACCUGCAGAGUUAUCUGACGCAGCGUAUCCACGGCAGUGCUGAGAUCCAGAGCAACGUGUCGCUGAGCAACGGUCGUCUUGACAACGCGGCCGUAGCCAAGCUGAUUGGCCACCUGAAGAGCCUGAGCAGAGGCUCGUACCUGUACCUGAAACUGACCCUGGACCUGAUCGAGGAAGGCUGCCUGGUCCUAAAGAGCUCCAGCUUCAAGGUGGUUCCGGUCAGUUUAGCAGAGGUUUACCUGCUGCAGCUCAACAUGCGUUUUCCCACCCAGUCGUCUUUCCAAAGAGUUCUGCCUUUGCUCAACGUUACCGUGGCAACGCUGCACCCGCUCACCGACCAGCAGCUGUUUGAGGUGGUGAAUGCGGGCGCUGUGAUUGGAGGAGCGCUGCAGUGGGCGGAGUUUGUGCAGCGGCUGGAGCAGCUGUCGUGCUUCCUGCGGCGGCGGAGCGACGGCAGCCGCAUGCUGAGCCACGCCUCCUUCAGGGAGUGGCUGGUGUGGAGGGAGGAGGGGCAGACAGACAGGUUCCUGUGUGAGCCCAGGAGCGGUCACACUCUCUUGGCGUUCUGGCUCUGCAGACAGGGGGGCAAACUGAGCCACCAGCAGACCCUGGAGCUGGGACACCACAUCCUGAAGGCCCACAUCUACAAGGGUCUCAGUAAGAAGGUCGGGGUUUCCUCCUCAGUGCUGCAGGGGCUCUGGCUGUCCUACAGCACGCAGAGCUUAAGCCCCGCCCUCGCCUCACUGCGUAACUUGUUCACACCCAAUAUCAAGGUGAGCAGACUGCUGAUUAUGGGUGGGGCUCACGUGGAUUACCGUAGCGAUGUGCUGAACGGCGCCCCCCUGCUGUGUGUCCACGCCCACCUAGGCCACAGCGAUGCCGUAGCGCUGCUGCUUGACCACGGCGCACAGGUGGAUGCUCAGUCACAAGAUGGCAUGUCUGCGUUGGGAUUGGCUGCUGCUGCCGGACACCUGGAUAUUGUCGGCCUGCUGAGUCAGCAGGGAGCCAAGGUGGGUCAUGUGGAUCGUUCAGGCAGGUGUGUGUUGGUGCAUGCAGCUCAAUGCGGUCACCUGCAGGUGCUGCGCUUCCUGCUGCGCCACUCUGACUGGAGCUGUGCUUCCUGCUGCCGCCAGCGGGGGGCGAGCCGGAGCCAAGCCGUACAGCAGGCCCUGACCACCGCCGCAGGCCGGGGACACACUGAGAUUGUGUCUUACCUGCUGGAUCUGCCAGAGGAAAAUGAGGAAGAGGAGGAGAGAGCCGACAUCAACACUACUGACAGUCUGUGGGGAGAGACAGCUCUGACAGCAGCAGCAGACAGCGGCUGCCUGUCUGUCUGCCGGCUGCUGUUGGAUGUGGGAGCUUCAGUUGAGCAGAGCAACAGACGGGGCAUCUCACCACUGAGAGGCGCAGUGAGACGGGGCCACCAGCAGGUGGUUGACUUGUUGUUGAGUCAUGGAUCAGACGUCAACAUGUCCGACCAGCAGGGCCGCAGUGCUCUGAUGACGGCAGCCUCAGAGGGACAUCUGAGCACCGCCCUGCUGCUGCUGGAGCAUGGAGCCUCUCUCGACCAGACGGACAGGGAGGGGUUAACGGCCCUGAGCUGGGCGUGUCUGAAAGGCCAGCUCCCAUUGGUCAGAGCGCUGGUGGAAAGAGGCGGGGCCAUCACUCACACUGACCGGAGUGGCCGGACCCCACUGGACCUGGCGGCGUUCUGUGGCGACCCAGAAGUGGUGCAGUUCUUGGUGGAUCACGGUGCCGUGGUGGAACAUGUGGACCGCAGUGGGAUGCGUCCUCUGGACCGAGCCGUCGGCUGCAGAAACACCUCGGCCGUCGUCGCUCUGCUCAAGAAGGGAGCCCAGAUAGGACCAGCAACCUGGGCCAUGGCAACAUCUAAACCAGACAUCCUGAUGGUUCUGCUCAGUAAACUGAUUCAAGAGGGAGACAGGCUGUACAAGCAGGGGAAGCUGAGGGAGGCGGCUCAGUCCUAUCAGUCGGCGCUGCAGAAGUUUCCGGGUGACGAGUCGAAGAUGUUCAGAGCUUUGAGAGUGUGUGUGCUGCUGAACCUGUCGCGCUGCCGCCGCAAGAUGAACGACUUCGGCCCGGCCGAGGAGCUCGCCUCUCGGGCGCUGGAGCUCAAAGCCAAAUCCUACGAGGCGUUUUACGCCCGCGCCCGCGCCAAGCGCAGCAGCAGGCAGUUCCAUGCAGCGUUGGAGGACCUGAUUGAGGCCAGUCGUCUGUGUCCGUCCAGCAGGGAGAUCCGGCGGCUGCUGGCUCGGGUGCAGGAGGAGUGCCGGCUGGUUGCUAGGCAACCAGGCCCUCCCCCUCCUCCAUCACGCCAUCCAGCCCCGCCCCCUGGUGAGGCGGGCUGUGAGGAGUCAGCGCAUCUGCAGGAGCAGGAGGGGGAGGAGCCAAACCCGGAGGAGGAGGAGCCAGAGCAGCAGGAGGAGGGUGUGGGAGGAGUCACCGUGGCUCCGCCCCCCUCCCUGUCCCCCCCUCAGCUGUACCGUCACCUCCUCAGCUCCGCCCACUCCGCCCCUCCCCCCUCGCCCCCGCAGCCAGUCGGCCCGCGGCCCCCCCCGCCCCCAGCUCGCCUACGUCCUGCCCCGCCUCCACGGAGAGCAGCAGCACCCGUCCAAUCAGAGAGCUUUCAGUGUGAGCCAGCGCCGGCCACUGCCCGGCGAGAGCCCCGCCCCCUCCGGCCAGGGCAGGAGAGCGUCUCUGGAGGACGCCCCCCUGAGCCCCGCAGACCCCCCUCAGACCAGACCCCCGCCAGCCUAUGGGAGAGCGGCAGGAGGGGUGAGGGCGGGGCUUAAUCGGUUUGGCCACGCCCCUCAGAUCAGCCGCAGCCAAACGGCUGUGUCCUGCUACCCUGUGGAAGUCGCCAAGGUGGCGCCCCAGUCGCCGGACAGCCCGCCCUCAGUGUACAACCAUCAUCCUCACCACUGCCAGCA